GGAAAAACCCACUGCUCCCCGCGUCGCAGCGGGCGGCGCUGCCUUUGUGCUCCCUCCGCACCUGAGCGCCGGGCUGGGAGGGACGGCGCAGGUGGGGGCGGGCACCGGAGGCAGCGGCGGCGCAUCCCCGGAGCCGGGGCGGCGAGCCGCUUCCUAUUUCGUCCUGCUGCACGGAGAGAGAUGCAACAGCGGCAGCCCGGUCCCCCGGGGAAGGACGGGUUUUGGAGGAUUCUAGUGCAUGAAGGACGUAAAUGAUAAUCCCAGAGGACCAUCUGUCCUGGAGCAGACAUUGGAACCAAGCUACUAUGUGACUGAAAGAACUGAGUGCAAGUCAGAUGGUUGUUCCAGUCCAGCUGUUAUGGAGUCAAUGGAUGAAGCUGAAGGACAGCAAGAAGAGCUGAACAGAAAGGAGCAGUCCCUGAAAACCUCUCAGAAAACAGCAGUGCUUGGUUGGCCGCCCCGAUGGAAUGGAUUAAUGCCUGGAGACAGCAUGUAUCUGUUUGUCCUCUCACAGAUACUGCUUCUCUGCAUGAUGCUGUGGUACAGCACUUAUGGGACCAUCCCAGCAGCUCAGAAUGCCUUUGACCUGCUCUCGUACUUGCUUACCCCAUUUAAACAGGUUUUGUCAGAUCAAGGGGAGAACCUGACUACAAUUGGGAGCAUUGUGGUAUCAUACAUCCUGCUGUCUUUAGCUUCUCUAGGACUGCUAUUUGUAGGAUCUUUGUUUUGGCAUCUACUCAGAGCCCGACCAGACCCCCCCUUCCCGCUACAAGAGGACAGACGCCAAUCUGUGAGCCGGCAGCCUUCAUUCACGUACUCAGAGUGGACAGAGGAUAAAAAUGAGGAUGACUUCCUAGAUUUGGACCCCGUACCGGAGACUCCGGUCUUUGACUGCGUAAUGGACAUUAAAGCGGAGACAGAUCCAGCUACUCUAACGGUUAAAUCCGUGGGCUUGCAAGAAAGGAGAGGUUCAAAUGUUUCACUCACACUGGAUAUGUGUACCCCAGGCUGUUCUGAGCAAGGCUUUGGCUAUGUCAUGUCACCACGAGAACAGUCAGCCCGAGAAUACCUCCAGACGGCAUCAAACAUUCUUACUGAAGAGGAACUGCACAAGAAAGCACUGGAUUCUUUCAUACUCCAGGCAGAGUUCUUUGAAAUUCCAAUGAACUUUGUUGACCCAAAGGAAUAUGAUAUUCCAGGCUUAGUGCGUAAGAAUCGCUACAAAACAAUUCUCCCGAAUCCUCACAGCAGAGUGUGCCUUACCUCAGCUGAUCAGGACGAUCCCCUCAGCUCUUACAUCAAUGCUAACUACAUCAGGGGCUAUGGAGGAGAGGAAAAGGUAUAUAUUGCUACUCAGGGACCGAUAGUUAAUACUGUCACUGACUUCUGGAGAAUGGUGUGGCAGGAGCGUUCUCCCAUCAUUGUCAUGAUUACCAAUAUAGAAGAGAUGAAUGAGAAAUGCACAGAAUAUUGGCCAGAGGAACAGGUCACCUAUGAAGGCAUAGAAAUCACAGUUAACAGAGUCAUACAAGCAGACGAUUACCGUUUAAGGCUCAUCACCCUCAAGAAAGGAGAAGAAGUCAGAAACCUGAAACAUUACUGGUACACAUCUUGGCCAGACCAGAAGACACCAGAUCAAGCCCCUCCUCUGUUACAGCUAGUACUGGAAGUGGAAGAGGCCAUGCAGAGUGCAGAGGAGAAGAAUGCCCCAGUGAUUGUUCACUGCAGUGCAGGCAUCGGGAGGACUGGCUGCUUUAUUGCAACCAGUGUGUGCUGUAAACAGCUGAAGAAUGAGGGCAUAGUUGACAUAUUGCGAACAGCCUGCCAGUUACGGUUAGACAGGGGAGGAAUGAUCCAGACUUGUGAACAGUAUCAAUUUGUCCAUCAUGUCAUGAGCUUGUAUGGAAAACAGCUUUCUAGAACAGCAGAAGAAUAAGUAUCCAUUAUAUUCCUAAAGGCUAAAGCCAAGAGAACUUUUGACUGCAUUCAGAUAUAUUUCAGAUCUGAUACAAGACACAUGGUAACCUGGCUGUCUUAGCUGGAAAGAUAUAUUAUUUUACUUUGAUAUUGCUUUUAUGCUCUUGUUUGCAUUGACAUUUAAGAGCUGAGGUACACCUUGUCUUAAACUAUGUGACAGGACAUAAUCUUCACCAAAAAAGGCUUAUUUAUACUGUAAAUAACAAUAGUAGCUUCAUUUGUUACAAAAGCAAGAAAAAAAAUCAGAAAAAAAUCCACUGUCUUCAGUUUGCUACUUUUUAAAAGAUCAUUGCUAAUAUAUCCAAAUACAGUGUGAAACUUUUCAAAUUGUCAUGCUGAAAUGUGCCGUAUGUUGACUAAGCUUGAAAGUAACUUUUUGCCUCUUUCUGAUUGUUUUUACAUAUAAAAUUACCGAAUACUGUGUAUAUCGUAAACUUUCUGAGCCUCUGCAUUGAAAGAUUCAAGUAGAUUCACAUUGAAAUGAUGUUUCGCACAUCAUGUUUGCUUGUUUAUUUUUUCUAAAGCAGUCCACCACCAGUGUUAUCAGUACUAAAGGGGAAAAAAUAUUUCAGUUAUGCGAGUCAAAUUCUUACCUUGAAUUCUUACCAGCACUGUACCCCAGUACCAUGACAGUUGGCUGAAUAUGAGACAAAUAGUAGAAAUAAAUCUGAACAUAAAUUCUUCACGCUUUACCUUUUCUUUGUCAAUAUUUUGGCAUUUCAGUCAUCUGGCAAACAGAUUUGAUUUUUACAAAUAGUUUCUAUUUUUACACUGUCAGACCACAAUCCGAAUACAAUUUCCCCUGAAAUCUGAGAUUCAGAAUCAGGUGAGGAGUUUUGUGAGUUCGUAUUUAUUAAAAAUCUAAUAAUAAAAUCACUUGUAAUCUAUGAAUUUAAACUUCUUUCAAAGCUUUGAAGGUGACUAGGUGCCCAGUGCUUAUUAAAAUUAAUGCAAAUUCUAUAGGCACCUUUAAAAAAAAAAUCAGUCUGAACUUGUUGGCUGCUUUUUUGAUAAAUUUGCCCUCAAACCAAAUUCAGACAAUCAUUAGCCCAUUCUAACCACUAGUCCAGCAGUGUUUCCUUUUCAGUAAUACAGCCUGCUGCCCAGGUUUUUCAUUCUAGAACUCAAUCAGGCUGUGAAGACUGUAUUUUGUGUUUAAUGCUUACAGGUAAGCACGUGUUUAAGUGCUUCAUUAAGAGCAGAGAAAAAUGGAGGUAUGCAGGAUCCUUGACAUGAAAGAUGAGUGUUUUAUGAAUAGAAGCUGUAAUGACCUACUAAAAAUAUUUUUGUUUCUCUUUAUUGUAACAAUAACCAAAACCCACUGCUCAUAUUAGUGCAGGAGAUUCUGCGAAUUUACUGCACUUCCUAAUCAGGAGAAGGUAAAGCAGCUUUCAGAACAAUAAGGGCUGAUCCUGCUCCCACUGAUGUUUUGCCAUUGACGUCAGCAGGUGCAGGGUAGGGCCCGAAAUGUUAUGCCUACAACUUCUUCACUGUGGGGAAAGUUUCCCAUUGUUUCAGUACACAUCUUUGUGUUUAUUCUGUAUCCAUGAACCUGUAAAAAUCCUGUCUGCAGGGUUUGCAUGAACGUGUGGCAAAAUGUGUUAUCUUUAAACCUCUUGAUUUUAUUGCUGUAUUUAAAAUAUUUCCUUCAGUGAGAAGCUAGCAGGAAGAACUGGCAUUCUUUUUUAAAAUACUGGUGGUAGUCAUUAAAUAGAGCAAUAAACUUAAGCUUUUGAGCAUAACAUGACUGUUAGUUUUAUGUAAAUCUUGAUAGCUAUAUUCUCCCCACUGCUACUGAUUUCUUCAAAGGGGUAACACUAUUCCAUCUAAGCGCUCCUUAGAAACAACAAAAUCACCACUGAUGUUCUAAAUAACGUUGUAAGUGGAACUCCUUAUAAAUGUUUUCAACUGUUCAGUGCCCUUCAGUGUCAAAACUGGCUCAAUGAAUAAAAUUACUUGUUCUGU